AUGGCAGAUCCAGCAACUUUCAUUGCUAGCUGGAUAACUCCCUCUUCCCUCUUCAUCUUCGUUAACCUCAUCAUAGGAAUGGUAGCAAUCACUUCUCGCUUCACUCCCAAAAACCACGAUCACCACCACCAUCAUCUUGUUCGUUCACCCUCCCUUCUCCAGCGAGUUAGGUCCUUCAAUCUCACUCACUACUAUAGCCAUCACGACCAAGAGUGCACUCAGCCCCAACUUGUUCCAACACCCUCAGUAUUGGAGCGACUCUCGUCCUUCAAUCUCUCCUUCCACAAACACGAAUCCACACAUGCACAAACACAAAGCGUCCAAUCCGAACAUUCCGAAACUAAAACCCCGGAACUGAUUCCGACACCCUCGCUGUUGGAACGACUCACGUCUUUCAAUCUUUCCUUACAAGAACAAGAAUCCACAGAUGCACAAACACAAGGCGUCCAACCUGAACACUCCGAACCUAAAACCCCGGAACUGAUUCAGACACCCUCACUGUUGGAGCCGCUCACGUCUUUCAAUCUUUCUCAACACAAACAAGAACCCACGCAUGCACAAACACAACAAGUGCAAGCCGAACCCGAACAUGAACAGCCGGAACUGGUUCGGAGUCCCUCGCUCUUGCAGCGGCUACAGUCCAUAAACCUGUCGCGUCUCUACAGAUCGGAGUCCACGCACGGACAGGAUCCGGAUUUAGGGGAUCCGGGUCGGGGGUCGGGUAAGGCGGAGAUGCGGAAAUCGGCGAGCGAGAGGGGGGGUCGGAUAGAGCGCGAGGAGGAAGAUGAGGUAGAGAGGCGGAGACCGAAAACGGCGAGGGCUGAGACGACAUCGUGUAAAGAAGACGAAGAGGUGGACGCCAAAGCUGAUGAUUUCAUCAACAGGUUCAAGAAGCAGUUGAGGUUGCAGAGGAUUGACUCUCUUCUCCGUUACCGAGCAGGUAACUGCUGA